AUGUCCAUCGACGGAAUUCAAUGGCAGCCGGGCGUGUGGAAGAGAAUCCCAUGGAGGACCGUCGGCUCCGUGAUAGGGUUCAUGGUGACGUGCGGCAUGAUGGCCCUCGUUCUCGCCCUGUCUGAGGAUCAAGAAACAAACCAGUGGCCGACACACAACAAAUACUUCACCGUUCCCGUUUUACUGUCUCUUAUGGGCGCCAUUGCUGUCCUGUUCCUGUCGGUAGCAAACUCGGAAGGACUCGCCAUCUCGUGGUGGCUCAAGGCUCUCCGGGGGACCAAGAUCAAGGAGCUUCACUAUGACCUCGAGGUCAAAGGCAACCUGCUGGUCGGCAUCUUCAGACCGACCCUGUUCAACAUGAUUACCAUUUCAUCCCUCGUCUCUCUUGUAGUGAGCAUCGCUGUCGGUGCUGUGCUGCAAAAGGCUUCGGACACGACGAGCAAGGCGAUUGGGCCGUACGCAGAUCACAUCGAUAUACCCGUACUCAACACAACGCUGCCGUCCAACUUUAGCGGCUGGGCAGGCGGUGGAACCCAAACCGCGUUGCUGAUGCCGGCAUUUGCAAAGGUAUACAAGGAGUAUUCGAACCAUAGCAUUAUCACGAUGCCGUCUAGCUGUAUCAACAUGACUUGCGAAUUCCAUAUCGCUGCGCCGGGCUUCGAUGUUGACUGCAAAGACAGCACGAUAGACUACGACUUUAGCACCUUUGCGUCAGCCAGAGGUGACAAGCUCACGACGUUUCGAACGAGUGUCGAUUGGAACCCGUCACAGGAUCCGAAUGCCCUCAAUCAUAUGAACUUCUCCGUUCUGUAUAAGCCCGAACCCACAUGUGCCGGAAAGUUGACGCAACAUAAUUGCACUCUACGAGCCGCCACCGUCGAUUACACGGUUACUGUUACAAACGGAAGUGUCACGCUGCAGCCUUGGAGUAUCUCUCAGAACACAACGAUUAGCAUCACCAAGUUUACCAACUGGCUGCAACUGGGUUCGGGCAGCGUCGGGGCUGGAGGAUUCUUGACCAUGUUUGGAGGCAUCGCCUCUGUUUUGCAGGCGCAGUACAACUCGAACACGACGCUCGCGAUCGGAGGUAUGAGCAACAUCCCUUAUAUGGUGACUGCGUUUGGACAGGCAGCGAGCACAUUUCUUUCAUCGGAGAUUGAAGACUACGGCAACUGUACCAUGGCAUGGUCGGAUCCCAGGGAAGACAUGAUCAACAACGUCCGCGAGCUCAUGUUCCGCAGCGCCCUUGCCGCGAUACACUUGCCCGAACAGGAGAUACUCCAGAUCAAGCCAACAGAAGCCAUCGUGACGAGAGUCGGAAUAGUUUACAGGGCACACUGGAAGUUCUUCGGCAUUGCGGUUGGAUGCAUGUUCUUCCAGCUCUUGAUUGUUCUCUACCUCAUCUGGGGCUGGCAGAAGCUCGGCAGAGAGGUUUCGCUGGAUCCUUUUGAGAUUGCAAAGGCCAUGGGAGCGCCGCUGCUGAAUCACGGAUCUUCGAAUAGUUCGGCGGAUCAGAUCCUGGAUCUUCUCGGGAGCAGGAAGGUCAAGUAUGGUGAGCUGGUUGAUGGAGAGCCCAAGGUUUCGGGAGAGACUGUGGUGCCCAAGAAUGGAUAUACCAGAGUUGACGGCAGUGACCCGGAUUUCGCCAUGGGACCUCUUCAAGCUCAGAACACUGAGUUGAGCUUGAAUACGAGGAAAACGCUGGGCCUUGCUGUCGUGGAACAGGUGCAGGAGGUUAGACUUGGGGUGCAUUACUAA